AUGAGAAGCACUCCCAGCUUCUCAAUCCCAAUGAUGCUUCCUUCAGGAGCCACAACAACUUCUCAAACUCCUCCAUCGACGUCCAAUUUAACAUCAUCAUCCUUGCAACAACAAUACCAUCCGUCCUCCGCGCAUCAUUCAUACCCUUUUCCUUCUUCACUUCAGUCUUCGAGGAAUUCUUCCCAAUCUCCAUCUCCAGGAUUACCACCAUCAGCAGGAGUAGGCUUGCAAACAACCUCUUCUCUGCCUAGACCAUCAUCUCUAGAGAGUAGUAAUAACAGGAUGCAACAGCAACAACAUCAUGGGUCAAAUUCUUCCGCAUUUCAUCACCACCAGCAACAACAACAAUACCAUCCGUCCACGAUGCAGCAACAACCACAACGAAAUAAUUCUUCUUUGCAUCCAUCCAUUCAUUUAGUGCCAUCAUCAUCAGCGAACGUACCUCCUCAUCAAUAUCAACCAACUCCACAUCACAGCUUGUAUCACUAUCCACAACAACAAUCAUCAUCCGCUCUAUCCUCAUCACCGAGUAGUAAAAAUCAUUUGAACACCCUUUCGGGAAUGUAUGAUCAGACAUCCUCGUUACCAAACAGCAGAAAUAGUAUACCCUCGUACGAUCAAACAUUAAAUUGGGCUUCCUAUCAACACUGCAUCCCACCUCAUCAUCAACAACAACCCACCACUUUAAACCCAUCUCUCUCUGCAUCUUCAUUGUACUCUAACUCACCAACACAACAUCAUCAGCAUAAUAAUAAUCCUAGCAUGAUGACCUAUCAAGGAACUCUCCGUUCUUCACCGAAUACGAUAGCUAACGCACAAAGUAGUACUACCAACACAGCUCCUCCUUUGCUCAAUAAGACCGUUUCCUCUGUCAACGCAAUGGAAAAUAGUAGCAAGUUUGUGCCAAUAUCGUCACGAAUCAGUGGAGGACAAACAAGACAAUCUUCACCUCGCACAUUGACCCCAACGUUUGAUUCUACCACUGCUACAUCAUCACUCGAUAGAAAAUUUGUCGAAUUUAGUCCUCCACAACAAAAAGCAUCUUCGUAUCAAGAAAUGACUUUCAAUAUGUAUGCACCGAAUGACACAGUAGCAACAACGACACCUAACAACAACAAUAACCUCAUUCAACAACAUAUACCAAAGAAAAAAAAGCUCAAAAUGGAAAACACAAAAUUCGAAAAGGAUAACACCCAACAAUCAAAAAUGGAAUAUUCUUUUAAUCCUCAAGAGUGUAUGGACGACGUUUCAUCUGUACUGGCAUGUAGUGGAGCUAAACUUUUCCCUAUUGCUUGCGUUGCAUGUAGACAGAGGCAUAAACGUUGCAACAGAGUGCUUCCGUCAUGCAGCUCCUGUGCCUCCAAAGGUAUUCCAUGCCAAUACAGAACACCAAGAAAAAAAGGAAGAGCUUUGAAUGCUUCAGAACAAUUUCAACCCUACACUUCCCUAGAUCAAAUCAAAUAUAUACCCCAAAGCUCAGGUGAAAUAGACAUGUCACAAUUUGAUUCUAACAGCAAUUCAGGCUCCUCUUCUCCAAAUAUGAAGGUUUCAUUUGAGAACGUUUCAUCUGGAAUGAAGAAACGCAAGAAAUCUGAUGAAAUAGAUGCAAAGAAAAAAAAGAAAACGAUCAAGGCUGAACAAACUCUCGAAAACGUUCUUUCUGACUCUACUCAACUCAAGCCUGACACAACCCAUAUCUUAAUUUCUCCUAAUAACCAAAACAAUAUUGCACCAACAACAAACGAGCAAAUGCAGCCAAACUUCGAAGCGAGUCAUCCUGUGGCAAAUGUCAUGGCUAUCUCAUCACAACCAACUAUGGUCAUCCAUGACAAUCAAAAUAGCAUGAUUGUGACGGCUUCAAACACUACUAAUGAAAGCCAAAAUAACUCUGGCUAUUUUGUGAAUGGCCAAUCGAUUGACAUAGAAUCUGCAAAAGCCUUACUUAACGCUCUAUCAAAUCCUAACAUGCCCCAAAAUACUCUUUGUCAGUUACUUUCAAUUUUACUCUCUAGCCCUGAUAAGGUUUAUGUCUAUCAAAUUUUGGACACUUUACUGCGAUCAACUGACUCUAACGGAGUAAAAACUUUGGUAAACAAUGCCUAUAGCUUGGAGAAUUACAUGACCACCAACGAAAAUUUAAAUAUCAGUGCAAUUAAGAGGAAAUCUAUCGAUUUCUAUGAUGAAGUAAUUAGCUUGGGCUAUCCUUUAAUAAGUACAGAAAUUAUGGAGGAUGCACUUUUUAGUCCACACUAUAUUAGGGGCCAAUACAGCCCAGAUCAACUUGGUCUUAUUUAUGCCAUCUAUGCAGUAACAUGUCAACGAUUUUGUGAACCUUUGCAAGCUAAACAAGCAUAUCACAGAAGCUUAGUAGAGCUCAAAGAUAUCAAAGAUCGGAACAAUAUUAUAGUAAUUGGAGCUUAUUGUAAUUUAGCUUUGUACUGUGCAGGAACAGGAGAUACUGAUACAGCAUAUCAAUUUAUAACAUCCACUGAUGUUUAUUUAAUUAACAGAAGAAAGGAGAGAUCCGGAAUGGUAUCUAAUGAUGCUGUUUUGAAAUUUAUUGGAGAUGCUGAUGAAAAUUGCCCCUCCAUGUACACAUAUCUUACUGAAGAUGAGUUUAAAGUGGAAAAGUUAAAACUUGUGGCUUGUGUUUCCGGCUUCUUAGGGUCAGGAGUUAUUCCAUCGAUGACAACCGGUUAUUUUUCUCUUAGAGGUUAUACGUUUACAGAAGAAAUUGGUUCUUUCAUUGCAGAGUGUAUUAUUUUGUUUACUGGAAAAAUCUCAAAAUCUGACUUGACGAUUUUGACAAAGCGUCUUGAUCCUAACACUCUUCCAGAAUAUUUAUCAGUUUUGAAAGACAUGGAAACUGCUUAUACUGGCCACGAGCAAAUGCGUAACUAUUCUGAUCUACAAGCAAAAGUGGCCACAGCUUUACUCCUCUGUGUGAGUAAUGGAGUGAGAGCAUGGAUUUUACAUAAGAGUGGCGUUAAAGGACCAUUAAUCGAGGAAUUUGCCAGAAAUAUUACAGUCAGCUCUACUCCAGACUAUUUCUUGUUGUUGCAUGCUGUUAUUGCUCCUUUUGUUGCAAAGGCCACUGAAAUCCAUUACGAAACCAUUGUUGAUGCCGAGAGCGGAUUAAGAUCAAGAGAUGACCUUGUUAACCUAUAUAAUUUAUUGCAGACCUCUUUUUCUAUUCUCGUUGCCAUUACCAAACGCUAUCCAAGAGUUGAAAAACAAUGGGGCAAUCUUUUACUGCAGGUCGCUCUCAAGCUCAAAUCUCUUGGAGGGCCUCCAAACGAGGAUGUUGAUAAGGUUUUGUCUGUGCUCAUGCAACCUUCGGGUACGAUGGCGCAAACCUCAAGCGUUGUUCAGCAACCACCUAAGCAGACCCAACCUAAUAUUUCUUCUUUAGACCUGAGUUCUGCUGUGCAAUUCAAUUUUGAAGAAAGUUUAAGAAACUUUAUUGUGACGAACCAGUUCACUAAAAUAAAUCAAUAG